AUGAACAGUCUGGUGGCCACGCCUCCCGUUCCUCCUCACUUCUACGAAAACCCUCGGCUUUCUCCCUCCCUUAUUAUGUCUACCCCCUCUUCUUCCUACACCAGCCGAAAGCGGAAAGCCGAUGAUGAUGGCAACGACCAUGAUGGACGCAUGUCUGCCUCUCCCACAAACUCUCCAGCCUUUACUCCUCGCCAGCUCCCUUCCUUCAGAAACUCCAAGCGAACCCGACCGAACAUCUCUGGCAGACCUCUCUCUCUUCCUCGCUUGCUAGAGACCUUGGACACCGAUGCCUUACGGACGGUCGUGCGGACCAUGUGCGAGCGCCACCCCCAGCUUGCCGAUGAGGUAGCCCAAACCUCUCCUCGACCAAGCGUCUCGUCUACUCUUCAAGUACUUCGAAACUACCAGGCUGCCCUUCAGUCUUCGUUCCCCUUGGGUGGCAACACCGAGUCCGAUUACGCCUAUAACCGAGUUCGACAGCCACUCACCAACCUACUCGAGGCCCUGAGCGAUUUCACACCAAACUUCCUUCCUCCAAAUGAAUCUCAGCCCUCAGUCUCACUCACCUACCUCGAUGGGGCAACCGACAUUAUCCACGCCUUGCCUCGCUGGAGCACACCCCAAAACAACAUCGAGCGGGACUCGGCCUACGACGAGAUCGGCAAGGCAUGGGUCCUAGUCAUUCGAGAAGCUGCCAAGCGUGGCGGAGGUAUCCAACUCCAGUAUGGCGGCUGGGACCAGAAGCUUGCCAAGCACAAUCAGACCUCGGGAGGCAAGCUCCAAGGUGUGGUCAACGAGCUUGGAUUGAGCUUGGGAUGGAUGAAUGGUCCAGACUCUCCAUCUCAUGGCCCUGGUGGCAAUGACAUGGGUUCCAUACGAGAUCAGCUUCUUUCAGGCACUUAUGGCUUGGGUACGCCCGUCAAGGUUGGCCCCUGGUGA